UCGGGCACUAUUCAGCACUGCCGCAGCCCAACAACUGGCUGACCAGAUGAGUAAAAUGCUAAGCCUUCGCUCACAACCGAAUAAGUGUGCUGGUCGAAAUAUUAUGUAUCGCUACCAUCGCACUUUAUCAUUUCGUCAAUCCAGGCGAUGCUCUCCUCGCUCAUUCCGCUCGUCACGUCGUCCUUAUGGAUCCAUUAUCGUUCACGGCUAGCCUCAUCGCCGUAGUAGGCCUAGCAGGAGAAGUCGCAAAGACCUGCAAGAGCUACAUUGACGGCAUCAAGAACCAUCCGCGCGAAAUCCGAGUGAUCUUCAUCGAACUUAACUCGCUCACCUCAGUAUUAGAAGGAUUGAAGAUACUACGCGAAGAGGAUUUCGAAGACGCACAAAUCAUCAGACAACUUAGAGGACAUGAUGGACCAAUACAAGGGUGUCAAGAAACGAUUCACAAGUUACACAGUCUUCUCAACCUGAACUCGGCCUCUGGCACAGCUGCACCUGGAGGCAGUCGUUCUAAGCGCAGACGGUUGCAGGCGAGGCUGCCAACUCUGGAUGAACUCGCCUGGCCUUUCAGAAAAGACGAAGCAGUGGCCUUACUGAAGGCGAUCACAACACACAAGCAGACCAUCGGCGCAGCUCUCACUGCAUCUGUAUUAUCCGAGGUUCAGUCGAUGAAAGCGAAGCUCGAUCGGGCCGAACAGGACAGACUGCACGCCUGGCUCGUCCAAAUCAACCCUUCUUCAAAUCACAACGCCACGAAAAGCCUCUAUGAGACGGGAACCGGUGACUGGAUCUUCCGCUCCCAAGAGUGGAACCUGUGGGUGAACAACCAGUCCAAGGAACGCUCUCUUUGGAUCCAUGGCAUCCCCGGGGCAGGGAAGACCAUCCUUGCCUCUCGUAUCAUCGAGCAACUCAUCAAGACCAAAUGCUCGGGCAACGUGGCACUCGUCUAUUAUUACUGCUAUCACGGCCACAACCAGGAUGAAACCUUUUCCUUCCUCCGAUGGCUCAUCAGCCAACUCUGUCGGAAAACUGACACGGUCUCGAGCUUGACCUACGAUAUUUACCGAAGCGGCCAAGAUCCGGACAUAACCAAACUCCUUUCAGCGCUCCAUGCACAACUCGACGGUUUGGACAUGGUAUAUGUCGUGGUUGAUGCUUUGGAUGAGAGUCAACAGCCGCGAGAUGUUCUCCUGGAUGUUCUUCGUACACUGGCUACCAACCCGCGAUUUCAAAAAAUCCGACUCUUGACCACUAGCCGUGAAUAUGCCGACAUUGAGCGAGUCAUGACUCCCGUCUCCCUUCCCGUGCAUACUUCACAUGAGGAGGUGGAAAAGGAUAUUCGGGUCUUUGUCCGCAGCAGGAUCAGUCAAAGCGACAGUUUCAAGCACUGGCCCGACGAUCUGAAGCUUGAGGUGGUUGAUGCACUUGCUAAAGGAGCAAAAGGCAUGUUUCGUUGGGCGGUCUGCCAGUUGGAUAUCCUUCGUCGCCUCAACUGCGCAACGCACGAAGACGUCAGGGAAACGAUCAAAACUCUCCCCAAGGACUUGGACGAAACCUACAUUAGGAUCUUGAAUCUUAUUCAUCCAGAUGAUCUCGAACUUGUCCGAUUCACCAUCCAUUGGAUCAUCUUCGUCUACGCGGAAGAUCUGUACGAGCUCUUUGACGAUCUCUUGGAUCCUUCCAAGAUCUUGAGCUACUAUGCGUUGCAUCGUUAUGGAUCCUCAGAACGGGCCAACCAAAUCUCUGUUCCUUGUAAUCUCGACAGGCUUAAAGAUUGCUGUGGUUGCCUUGUUUCUUUUGAGAAGGACGACGAACCCGACGAACCCCCCGGGGUGUUAUAUUGCGAUCUCUCCCACUACACCAUUCAAGAAUUCCUGACUUCCGAUCGAUUCAAGCCAUCAAACCAGCUCAAGUGUCUUGACCUAGCAACGAUGAAGACUUACCUGCCCAAUGCACUUCUCCGAAUGCGAAUUGAUCGCGACGAAUGCGAUGUCGAUCGUCGCGAUUUCUUCGGGCAUGCGGUACUUAUCCAAACCGUUUUGUUUCCUGAACAAUUCCUGGAUCCCCAGCUGGUAUUCCGUUUUUUCCUGCUUGAUCUUCCCCAAGAAACCAACGCAGAAUACAUUCCAUACUAUUAUACCCUGUCGACUCUUUAUGGAAUUGAGUGGGUUGGGGAUAGACCGUCAGACGAAAUCAUUGUUUUACUCCGUCUUCUAGUCGUGUCAGCCUUCCAUCUUUCUCGAUCUCUGCUUGAAACUGUCGGCAGUCACCUUCUUUGCUCAUCCUUGGACUUGAUAUGGUAUGACUAUCACGUGUACGGCAGCCAUCACAACCCGAAAGAGAUGAAAUUCGUGGGCAAUGUUGUCGAGUUUCUAGCUACCAUUUUCUUCACUCCACCCGCUGCGUUGUUGUUUCUACUGGAAAACUACUAUGACAACUUUGCACAAUCUGUCGAUCUGAGUGGAAUAUUGCAAUGUUGUCAGACCGGCCGCAGAAAAAUUCGUGACUGGUUGCCAGAAGGGUUUCAAGAAGACUGGGCAUGUGUUUUAAAGUAUGAAAAAAAAGCCUUUGCGAAGCUAGUUCAGAAGCUUCAGAAUAUGGGCGCAGUUUCGAUAGAUGAGGAUCCAGAGUCAGACUUGGAACCAAACGCCGGGUCAACGACAGGACCGACAGUAGAAGCAGGCAUGGAGUCUCAUGAUCGGUCAAAGAGGUGGCUUGAUGUUGUUUUGAGAAAUGAGAGAAAAGAGGAAAUCGAGUCAUGAGGUGACUGUCACUCUCCUAUAGCGCGACAUACCAAGAGACUGGCCGAUAGAGCACACAAGAUUUGAACAAAAUAUAUCCGUCAUGACAGCUCAGUAAUGUUU